GUGUUACGUUUUUAUCUUUUCAAAAUUAUCGAUUUUAUUUCGAAUUUCGUAUCAUUGCGUUUGUCGGUGAUUUCACUGUUCACAUUUCCCAAGAUGCCGCUGAAUUUCAACGUAAUGCGCCGUCAUUACGAGAAGCGUAUCAAAGAGCUGGAACAACAGGUGCUGGACACCUCGCGACUACUGAACAUACUGAAAAAGGAGCGCAGUUCUGCCCUGCCGCUUAAGGAGAAGAAGUUCAUUAACUAUAUGCAAACGGAUACGCAUUUCUGUUGGUGUUUCGACAUGACCGAGUUUCCAGUGGGAAACAUCAAAGUCGAGCUAAGGAAUCGACGCGUUCAGAUAUUCGCCCAUCGCCAGCGGCAAGAUCAAUUCAUGGUGGUCCAUAGACAGUUCCAGUUGCCAGAACUUGCUGACAUCGGUCUGACUGCCAAACUAAGCGCCACUGGCAUUUUGACUAUAAAAGCUCCACUUAGGAUCAUAGCUGACUAGAAUG